AAAUGAAUUGGAUGUCCAGUUUCCUCUUUUGCUCACUGGUGCUGCUGAUAGUUUGCUGUUAUCUUGAAGUUGGUGCCAAUGAAGACCCCGAGACACCUGGGCGAUCUUGUGCAAAUUGGAUGGGAGGAGCACCAGGUUAUCCAGGUCACAAUGGAGUUCCAGGAAGAGAUGGAAGAGAUGGGCAAAAUGGCCAAAAGGGAGAUAAAGGCGAGCAAGGUACACCUGGCCCCAAAGGGGACAGUGGAAAUACAGGAGCAUCUGGUGCUGUUGGCCUUAUAGGACCUUCAGGUCCUCCAGGAUUUCAAGGACGGAAAGGGGAAAAGGGUGAAAGUGCCUCCAGUUAUCGAUCUGCCUUCAGUGUUGGUCUAACAACCAGAGUCCCACACCCCAAUAUUCCUAUCAAGUUUUCAAAGAUCCUCUACAAUGAGCAAAAUCAUUACGAUCCAACCACAGGGAAGUUCCGGUGCAGCAUUCCAGGAAUGUACUAUUUUGCAUACCAUCUCACUGUGUACCUAGCAGAUGUGAAAGUGAGCUUGUUCAGGAGUGGAAAGCCAGUCAUAAUCACUUAUGAUCAGUAUCAGAAAAACAAUGUUGACCAGGCAUCUGGUUCUGUUUUGCUCCAUGUAGAAACUGGGGAGGAAGUUUGGCUUCAAGUAUACGGAGAAGAGGAGAACAAUGGUAUCUAUGCUGAUAAUAUUAAUGAUUCUACCUUCAUGGGAUUCUUGGUCUACCCAGACUUAGAUUAUGAGCAUUAGAUUGUGAAGAAUGAUUAGUCAAGAAUACUUUUUGAGACAGAUUGUUGUUUAAUUGGCCAUACUUUUGACACUAGCAAACACAAUUAAUUUAGAUACUCAUGACUCAUUCACAAAUGUAUGCACAUUGCCUGCAUUGUAAAGUGAUGGCAUGUAUGUGUGAAUGAACUGCCACAGAUAUGACCUAACUCAAAUAACUUCCAAAUCACCUCAGCCACAGUACUUUUCAAUAGAGUCAGUUCACAUAUCCAGUUAUCCAACACCAAAAGUGCAGUAAAUUAUAGGAAGCAACUGUAAUGUGCGAAUUAGGACACAGACUACAAUCAUCCAAUAUAUCAUUUACAAAGAGUCAUUAUACUGUCAAAGAACUGUGCAUUUGAGACGCAAUAGAUACUCAACAAUGAGGAACACAAUCUUUGUUCCAUGUUAAUAGAAGCAUGAUAAUAAGUAAUGCUUAGAGCAUGCUUAUAUGUGUAGCUUUCGGACUGGUUUCUCAUUAGACCCAAAUUAUUUUCUCAGACAGAUUCUCAUACAUAUUCCUGUUUCUUGAGUGAAUUAUGUUUGUCUUCUAUAUAAUACAUAAAUGUAAGCAAAGAAGGGGGGUUGUAAGAGAAUUAUUUGUAUACCAAAGAUCCAAGCAAUUAUAAAUAAAAAUACUGUUCACUCAUA